AUGUCGUCUCAAGCCGGCGGCUUCAUCCUCUCACCACCCGCCUCAUCAACAUACUCCACCCCAUCCACCACCUCACCCACUUCCCUCCCCCACCCACGCACCACUCCACUAAAAGCAGGCAGCAGCAAAGAAUCCACUUUCAUCCGCUAUGUCGACCAACAGAUCCUCCACAUCCAGCGUCGCUUCGCAAAGCGCACAUCACCUCUCCCGCCGUCCACGAGCCAAGACCAUGAUGACGCUGCGAGCAAACAUCGACCCAAUGGCGACAACGCAUUCGGCAAUACCUGGGCUACAGACACACAAGGCUACAAGAGUAUGAAACAUGCGUGUAAAGACAUCGAGGAUGUCAUAGGCGUAGUCUGGGUGAGCGGGACCCCGAGCCUACAGAUCCCGUAUCUUGUCAGUAUCGCCUUACUCUUAAGCUUAGUCGUGAGCGGCAUGCUGCCUUCACCGCGAACUUUGUUCAAAUGCCUAGGCAAACUGGACCACUGUUUCGCUAGUCUGAUUCAAGGCCAGGAUAUCGAGACUGGUGAGAGGUUGCCGGGGUUCUUUGGGUACAAGGGUGUUAGUGAUACGGAGAAAGUGCGGAUUCGGUCGCUGGUGGAGAGGACGAGGGUGGGUGUCAUUGAAGUCUUCAAGAAGGGAGAGUUUGAUAUGGAUGAGGGUGAUGAGGACGUGAAGCAGAGUGAGGAGGAGGAUGACGAUGACGAUAUGGACUUGGAUGGCGAGCUGGUGUUGGAGAAUCCGUCUUCGAAUGUGGAUGAUGAUGAGGAUGAUAGUCAUGAUAUGCAGCUUGCUAGGGUGUAUGAUCACACUAUCCAGGAGCUGGGUGGGAGUCUCGAGGGACCAAGUAUUGGGGUCUUGACGGAACGUCGAGGGUGA